AUGGAUGACGAUAAAGAAAAUACCCCCCUUCCACCCCGUCUCGGGAAAACAAGCCCAGAUUCGAAAGUUAACCGUCAAAACAAUUCGCAGAGCUACGAUUCAGAAUUCCAUUCUCCAAACGAGAUGGUUAUUGAUACCCCGGACGAGCUCGCUUCUGCCGAGAACGAGAAGGAACAGGUUGUCGACAUAAACCCAGAAAGCUUAGAAAAUGGCCCCGAUGCCAAGGAGAACGCCAUCCUAGCAACUGAUUUCGAGGCUAUGAGAGAUCUGGUCCUUCCUCCCUUGCUCGAAGAACCCAAGAUCCUGGAAGAUGCCGUCUCUACAUGGAAGAUCGAGAACUGGAGAGCCUUUCAGAGUAAAAAGGAACAUGGUCCCAUAUUCAUGGCUGGUGGUUUUCCCUGGCGUAUUCUCCUUUUCCCCUACGGCAACAAUGUAGACCAAUGUUCACUCUAUCUCGAGCAUGGUUUCGAGGAUCCAAGCACAAUACCAGAGGACUGGAGUUGCUGUGUGCAUUUCGGCCUGGUCAUGUCCAACAUCAACGACCCAUCUCUCUUUGUGCACCACCAGGCACACCACCGCUUCACCAAGGAGGAGAGCGAUUGGGGUUUCACAAGAUUCCUCGAGUUCCGGCGCAUGUUCAAUUCCGACUUUGAGGGCUCUGGUCGUCCUCUGGCUGAGAACGACUCUGUUCUGUUGACAGCUUAUGUUCGAAUUGUCGAGGACGAGACCGGUGUGCUUUGGCACAACUUCAAUAAUUACGACUCGAAGAAAGAGACUGGCUACGUCGGUCUCAAGAACCAGGGCGCCACGUGCUAUUUGAAUUCUCUUCUCCAGUCUCUGUACUUUACCAACGCCUUCCGAAAGGCCGUAUAUCAGAUACCUACCGACAACGACGACAGUCCUACCAACAGCGUAUAUGCCUUGCAGAGACUAUUCUACCAACUCCAGACUUCGAACAAUGCUGUUGGAACAAAUGAGCUUACCAAAUCUUUCGGUUGGGAUACUCGCCAUAUUUUCGAGCAACAGGACGUUCAAGAGCUUUCACGCAAACUGAUCGAGCGCAUGGAGGAGCGGAUGAAGGGCACCGCUGCUGAAGACGCUCUGCCUCGGAUGCUCAGUGGCAAGGUCAAGACGUAUGUCUCUUGCAUCAAUGUGGACUACGAAUCGAGUCGUAUAGAAGACUUCUGGGAUAUUCAGUUGAACGUCCGCGGCUUCCCAACACUAGAAGACAGCUUCAAGGACUACAUCCAACAAGAGACUCUGGACGGCGACAAUAAGUACUGGGCUGGUGACGAAUUCAAGUACCAAGAUGCAAACAAGGGUGUCAUCUUCCAGAGCUUCCCAGAGGUUCUCCACUUGCACCUGAAGAGAUUUGAGUACGAUAUCCAGCGGGACGCCAUGAUGAAGGUCAAUGAUCGAUUUGAGUUUCCAGAAGUUUUCGAUGCCGCGCCGUUCCUCGAAAAGAGUGCCGACAUGUCGGAGCCCUGGGUGUACAAGCUUCAUGGUGUCCUGGUACAUAGUGGAGAUCUCAAUGCUGGCCACUACUAUGCUUUCUUGAAGCCGAACAAGGACGGAUGGUUCUACAAGUUCGACGAUGACAAGGUGACCAAAGCUACCAUCCGGGAAACCCUUGAAGAAAACUACGGUGGCGAGUUGCGUACAUCGCAGGGCCCUUACCGCACCUCGAUUUCCAAAAAGCCGAUUAUGCGUUCGGCCAAUGCAUACAUGUUGGUGUACAUUCGUGAGCCUCGCCUCGACCAGGUUUUGAUGCCAGUCACUCGGGAAGACACACCGGCUCAUCUCCGGCUAAGACUAGAGGAGGAGGCUGCUGAGAGAGAAGCGAAACGCAAGGAACGUGAGGAGCAACACCUGUACCUGACAGUUAAGGCCGUCACCGGCGAAACGUUCAAGCAUCAUGGAUCCACCGACCUUACAAACUUUGACACGGACCCGAAGGAAGAUCCUGCCGCACCGAGGCUCUUCAAGGUCAAGAGAAAGGAUUCGAUGGAGUCCCUCGUGGCGACUAUUGCCGAGGACAUGAAGGAGGACCCACGCAAGCUUCGACUUUGGAUAAUGGUUAAUCGCCAGAACAAGACCACACGACCUGAUCAACCAAUCAUGGACUUGAAACCCACCAUUGAAGAAACGUAUGCCAGAUCAGUCAGUACUAGCCGCGAUGCAUCGCUGCGAGUCUGGGUCGAAGUCGCUGAGGAGACCAACGAGCAAGGCGAGGCUGUCUGGCCAACCUACCAAGGUGGCGCUAAUGGUGUUGUCGUUAAAACCGAUCUCAUUCUGCUCUUUCUCAAAUUCUUUGAUCAGGACAAGCAGGCUCUGGAGGGCGUCGGUCAUGUCUAUGUCAGCAAGGAGAAGAAGAUUGAGGAUCUCGUUCCCAUUAUCUCCAAAAAGAUGGGUUGGGGCGAGAAGCUGCCUGCUGGAGAGCAAGUGGCCAUGUGGGAGGAGAUCAAACCACAGAUGAUCGAGUCAUUAAAGUCUAGGCAAACUUUGAAGGCGGCUGAACUUCAAGAUGGAGACAUCAUUUGCUUCCAGCGCGUGCCCGAGCGCAAGGCUGGCGAUGGCUUAGCGAGCUUGGCUAAGAUUCCUCGCUUGAGCGAGAAACCCACAAAUGGCGCUCCGCGGAAAUGGGAUCAUUUUGAGGAUGCUCGCGAAUACUAUGAUUUCCUUGUUCACAAGAGGGACGUCCGAUUCUGGCCUCACCCCCGCUGCGAGAAAGGAUACGAAAGCUUCAGCCUCACCAUGCCUGAAAGACUCACCUAUGAUCAGAUUGCCGAGCGUGUUGGGGACAGCCUCGAUGUCGAUCCCACACACAUUCGGUUCUUCACCGUCAAUGCAAGCACUGGCAAUCCAAAGGCUCCUCUCAGGCGCACAGCUCAACAAAAUCUGGGUCAAAUCCUCAGCUCGGAUAGGAACCACCCCGCCAAUGCACAAGCCAAGAGCGAUUCGCUCUUCUUCGAAGUGUUGGACAUGAGUCUCGCAGAGCUUGACACAAAGAAGAGUGUCAAGGUCAUUUGGUUGUCCGAGGGCAUUUCCAAAGCGGAUACCUAUGACGUGCUUGUCAACAAGGCUGGCCACAUUGAGGAUUUGGUGCAGGCUUUGGUCAAAAAGGCCGGGAUAGACGACGAGCAGACAGGCGGUCGCAUCCGAGUAUACGAGAUACAUCACAACAAAGUCUUCCGGGAGCUCCCACCAAGCUAUCCGGUCCUUAGUAUCAAUGAAUACACGGAUGUGGUGGCAGAACGAAUCCCUGAGGAGGAGCUUGAUGCGGAUGAAAGAGAUUUUAUCAAGGUCUUGCACUUCCAGCAGGACAGCAGUCGAGUCCACGGAAUUCCCUUCAAGUUUCUACUGAAAGAUGGAGAGGAAUUCUCGGAGACAAAGAAACGUCUCGAAAAGCGCACAGGUAUCAAAGGCAAAGCAUUCGAAAAGAUCAAGUUUGCUUUGAUUCGCCGAUAUGGUAAACUCACAUAUCUCGUUGAUGACGAUAUCCUCCAUCAAGAAGGUGGCCUUGAAGAAGAUAUCUCACUUGGCCUGGAUCACGUUGACAGAACAAGGAGUAUACGGAACGGCUCAGAAAUGUUCCUCAAAUAG